UCUACUCACCAACUUUCCUCCCUCUCUUCCUCCGUCCGUUCCUCGGUCCUCUCGCCCUAGGGCGCACGCUCAUUUCCCCUACCCGUUCCUUGUGAAACAUCCACGAAACCACAGACGAGAUCGCUUAGAUUGAAGUUAUUUAUCUAGCUAUGGCGUCGAAGCUUAUCAAUCUUCUUGCACUCGCCUGCCUUGCUGCGCUCGCCACCACCUUCGCCGUUGCUCCUGUCAACGCGCUCGCGACUGGCAUUCACCAGAAUUCGAACCGCCAAGUUCAUCACGACGUGAUUGCCCGCCGCUCUCGGAUUAGCAACAAGAAGCGUCAGAACAACUCGACGCAGCGCUGCAAGCCCCGUCCUUCGACCAGCCUGAGCAGUGCCGCGGUGUCCACUUCAUCUGCGGCCCCCAUUACUUCUACUGCCCCGAGCCCUGCGCCGACCAGCGAGACUCAGUCCAGCUCUCCCGCAGUGACUGCUGCACCCUCUUCCAGCUCUCCCGCAGUGACUGCCGCACCCUCUUCCAGCUCUUCCGCUGCUCCAGCGUCGACUCCGUCCUCGGCUCCCUCCAAUGGCCAGACGAAGGUCGGAUUGGCUUGGCCCAACGGUCCCUCAUCUGACCUCCAGUUUUAUUCCACCAGUGUCACGGGAUGGAUCUAUUCUUGGAGCCCUUACACUCCAGACCCCAACCACCAGUUUCCAAACCUGCAGUUCAUGGCACAGCUCUGGGGACCAGAUCAGGUUUCAGACUUCGAGUCCGUUGUGACGCCUGGAUACGCCGGUUGGAUCUUGGGUAUGAACGAACCCAAUGAACCUGGUCAAUCCAACAUGAACCCUCAGGAUGGCGCCACCCUCUGGAUGCAAAAUAUUGAGCCCAAGCGUGCCCAAGGCUACCAGACCUGCUCGCCUGCCACCAGCUCUAAUCCUAAUGGCUUCACUUGGAUCGCCGACAUGCUCGAGGCUUGCAAUGGUGGUUGCACGUUCGACUGCAUAGCCGUACACUGGUACGACGUUGACUUUUCACUCUUCCAGAGCUAUGUCACGCAGUGGUACAACACGUACAACCUACCCAUCUACAUCACUGAGUUCGCUCCCCAGAACUUCAACGGUGGCGCCCAGCCCACUACCUCCGAUGUCUGGUCCUUCUACGGGCAAGCUAUGCCUUGGAUCAUGGAUACUCCUUGGAUCGCGGCUGCCUUCCCCUUUGGCUUCAUGCAGAACAUGGGAAAUGUCAUCGUUGCUGAUCAGCUCAUGGGGUCCAACGGCCAGCCGACCGACCUCGGCCAGUUCAUCAUCAGUGGCAACUACUAAAUCGUUCAUGAAGCGCCUUCAACGCUUCUGUAUACCCGCCCUUUCAUCCGACCUUCUGCAAGUCCGUGGAUCGGCUGGUUCAGAAGAUCAUGCAUUUUGUUUCGCAUCUUUGGUAACACAUAGCUGGAGGCUGCGCGUUCAGUAGAUAUGAAGUUGUUUAGCAAAGAUUGAUAUCUUAGCUAGUGAAUGUGUGCAGUAUAUACAGGCUCGAUACUGCAUGACUUGUGUCGAUUUUUCUGUG